AUCAGUUAGGAGAUGUUUGCCACAGCCACCAGAAACUUUGUGGAGGAGGUGGAUCGUGGAGGCUUGCUGAUCCCAGUUUCCAGCUUGAAUGACACCAUUGCUCUUCUGACAGUGGUGGUGAAGCGCAAGCGUUUUUGGGUCUGGCAGAAGCCCAAGUAUAUUCCCACUGAUUUCAACCUCAAUGAUCUACUAACAGGAGACACACCUAUAAAGCCCGGUGUUAUAGAGAUAGACUUCAUCAAAUACAAUGGCACUUAUGGUGAAAACAUCCAGGGGAAAGUGGAUGCAAGUUUUGUCCACUCAAAUGCGAGCCUGGAGGGUAAAGAUUCUUCCAGACUCCAAUCAUUAUUUGGCAGUCUGAAGAAAGAGGAAGUGGAUGUGCAGAAGCUGCUGCGAGACUCCAAAGACAGGGUCCUGGACAUGUCCCAUUGUCUGGUCCAGCAGACAAAAGAGAAGCACAGACAGGUGUUUGGUGUCGUGAAGGAGCGUAUUGUGACUACGCAGCCCUGUUGGGUCAUAGAGGAGGUGCAGCAGGGAGGACAGUGUGGAGGAGGACUGAGCCUCUGUGGGCCCAAGAGCCCAAAG